GCGGGUAUUACGAAGAUUAGUUUCGGCCUAGGUAAAGAAAUCGUCGCCUUAGGUAUAAUAAAAAUAGAGACGCACUUCGGAACGAUAAUUUUCUAUAUUUUGCCCGUUAAUACCCCAUUUCUCUUAUAUCUAAAAAACAUAGAUUAA